CUAUAUUUGGAGUUAUAGAGUUUUUUUUGGAGAUGCUCUAAGUGCUGUACGAAUUGAGUAAAGUAGUGUAUACGCAUUGGGCAGGUGAAACGAAUAGUAUAUGAAAACACAACGUGGAGAUUACAUUCUUAAUACAUAUAUACAAUUUUCAUCGAAAUAUGCAUAUAAAUAUAUAGAUAUUAAUUCAUGCACAUUCUUUUUAGGCAAUUUACAAAUAUAUGCAUGUUACACACAGAUCUAUAAUUUUUUUAUGUACUAGUACAAAGUAUACAAAUAGGUCAAACUACUUGACAAAUUACAACCAUGUGCGUUUGUUUCUCCUUGUAUUGUAAAAUAUAAAUAUGAUAAGAGUAAAAUGAGCUUAUUCCAAAAUACCACACAUAUAUAUUAUAAAAAGUAGCCAAAAUUUAAAGAAUGAAAUGGAUUUAAUAGUAAACGAUUAUGUUAUUUUUAUUAUAUAAGUAUUGUAAACUUUUGAAGUGGUAAAGCUAUUUUAUUUUCUACAGAAUUUACAAACUAAUGUGGAUUUCUGAAAAGAUAUUAUAUAUACUUCAUUCUAUAACAACUGUAAAUAUUUGGAAAAUUAGAAAUACCUCAAAAAGAAUGCGUGGCUGCUUCAAUAGAAAACAUAAAAAGAGAGGCUCCACCAACUUCACUUAGAACAAGACAAGACUAUACAAUUUUAAGAAUCAAUAUCUUGAGUACCAUCUUGUAAUCAUGUUAAUGAUGAAGAAAGAAAACAAAAACAUAUUGAUUUAGCCUUUAUGUAAUGUAUAAUAAUUUAGUUCAAUAAUUCGUUUAUGAAUUGUAACUCCCUAAACUAUCGGUUUUAUACUAGAUUAGUUAAAUAAUUUAUACUGUAUAUUUUGAUGAUAUAACAUAUAAACAAAAUGUAUUGCUCGUAUAGUUACUCCUCUCUUGUUUCCACAUGAAUUAUAAUAUGUUAUGCUUUUAGUGAACUUAUUUUUAUGAUUUGAAUAUAUUUUAAGUAUAAUUUAACUGUUAACAAAAUAACAAAAUGACCCCGAUACUUCAGAUAGGCAAAAACAGCAUAUACAUUUUGCUUAUGUGAUUAGUUCACAUUUAAGACCGUAAUUUCUAACUGAAGUUUGUUUCUUAUAAUAAGGCAGUAUAUAAAUUCGUGUGACACUGGUUGACUGUGUAUAUAUAUAUUACCUUGAAUUGAUUCAGACGAUUCAGCUAAUCUAGACUCUAGUCUUGUAGUAGUCAAAGCUGAGAAAUGAUACCCUUUUUGUUUUCAAAAGCAAUAGAGUACAUGACUAAUCAAUUGAUGUUUCGUGAAACCUAAAUUUUUUUAAAAAAUUAAUCAAUCUCUUCAGAAACUAGGUGCCUUCGUGUCUCGUACCGUCACUUGUGUUGAACCGGCGUCAAACGCCCACUCUCGCUGACCUCACCCAUAACAAAUACACACAUUAUAUCAGAUAUAUAUGAAACCUUAUAAUAUUCAGUAAAAUUAACUAUCAAAUAAUAUUAUCACAACAACCUCCACGCACAAACCAACCCCCCUCUUCUCUAUAUAUACACACAUUUGCCUCCACUUCUUCUCGUUCAAACAUUACAUAAUCCUUUGAUUAGUAUUAAAAAGUAUAUCCUUAUCUUCAACCAAGAAUGGGCGAGAAACAAGAAGGUGCCAAGGUUGAACAAGAGAAGAAGGCAGCCACCGUAGUCUCUACUGAGACAACCGACAACAAGCCAAAGAGCGGCGGAGGAGAUGCAGCCGCAGCCCCGGCCGUGGCUGCUGCAUCUGCCUUUGUCUACAAAGUGGAUAUGCACUGCGAAGGUUGCGCAAAGAAGAUCAAGCGAAUGGUGAAGCACUUCGCCGGAGUGAAAGAUGUGACGGUGGAUAUGGGUGGGAACAAGCUCAUGGUGGUCGGGAAGAUCGAUCCGAUAAAACUCCAGGAGAAGUUGGAGGAAAGAAUGAAGAGAAAGGUGGUACUGGCCAACCCACCGCCACCAUCACCGCCGAAAGUAGACGCAUCUACCGCCACCAGUGGAGAGAAGAAAGCCGAUGGUGUAGAUAAGGCGGCUGCUCCUGCUCCUCCACCCCCGGCCGCUCCUAAAGAGAGCUCGGUUGCUUUGAAGAUCAGACUUCAUUGCGAAGGAUGUAUUCAGAAAAUCAAGAAAAUAAUAUUGAAAAUUAAAGGCGUCCAAACGGUGGCUAUUGAUGCAGCCAAAGACAUGGUGACCGUGAAAGGCACUAUGGAUGUUAAAGAACUUGUGCCUCUACUAGCUAAAAAGCUAAAAAGAACGGUUGAGCCUCUUCUUCCGGCUAAAAAAGACGACGGUGCCGCCCCUCCCGCCGCCAAGAAAGAAGUCCCAGCCGCUGGAGCUAACGAAGCAAAGAAGGAAGGAAGUGAAGUCGUAGAGAAGAAGCAAGAGGGUGGCGAUAAUAAGAAAGAAGUCGGAGAGAAAAAGAAAGAGGCUGGUGACGGUGGAGACAAGAAGAAAGAGGCCGGAGACGGUGAGAAGAAGGAAGGUGGCGGCGUAGGAGGAGGAGUUGCGCCGGUGGCAAAGGUGAAUAAAAUGGAUUAUUAUGGAUACUCAUAUCCGACGGCUCCAAUGUAUUGGCAAGAAGGACACGUGUACGGACAGAGUUAUUCGAUUGAAGGUCAGACUUAUCCGAUGGGAGGUCAGAGUUAUCCAGGUUCAGGAUACAAUUACUCGAGUGAAAGUUAUGUGCCGUACUCGCAUCAGAAUAUGAACACGCCUCCUGGAAUGUUCAGCGAUGAGAACCCUAAUGGCUGCUCUGUUAUGUAAACAUGCGCUUGAAUUGUAGAUACACGAUACUUAGUCGAACUCGAAACCUAAAAUGUGGAACAUUCACAAAUGGGUAGCUUUAGAUAAAUUUUUGAAAUUUGAGAUAAGAUCGUUUUUUUUUUGCGUAUUAGUUCUUUUAAAUAUUUAACUAAUUAGUUU